AUGUCCGGGGUUAUCAGCGCCGUCGUAUUGAAAAUGGCAUCAAGUGAAGAAAACACCUUUACCUCAUUUUGCCCAACGGUUCUAACAGUGUAUUAUUAUCUUUUGUUUCUUCUCGGCGCUGCAUCUUUCCUAACUGUUACUGCUAUCGCAGUAGAUAGACUUCUCGCUGUUUCGCUCCAUCUGCGAUAUCAGGAGCUUGUCACUUCCAAACGUGUGAUCACUAUAUUGGUGUUUCUUUGGUUGACGAGUUGCAUCACUGCCUUCAUAUACGUUUUCCUGCCCAAAGGCAGUGAAACGGUAUCUGGUGUUAUUUCAUUUGCAGGACAUAUUUUGACAACAGUGGCUUACGUUCGCGUUUACAAAAUUGCAAAAUCUCAUCAGAAUCAGAUCAACAGUCAAAAUCAACUGCAAAUUGCCGAAACAGUGGAGGUAAUCCGACAAAAGAAGUCUGCCUACAAUGCGUUAUUUUUCUAUGCAGUUUAUUUAGCUUGUUAUCUUCCAUAUCUACCCUCCGCAAUAUUGUACUUGCUAAACAGAUCGAAUAUCUCCUUUUUCGUACCAAAAUGGGCCUCAAUAUUCUUGCUGUUUCUGAAUUCCUCGUUAAAUCCUUACGUAUACUGCUGGCGAUAUCGAGAGAUUCGGGAAAUUGUGCAGAGCACAAUAAAGAAACUAUUUCGCAAGAAAUAAAAGAAGGAAAUUAGUUCGACCUUUUUAAAGUCCUAUAAAACGCCAAGUAUUACGUUACACACUUGUUUACAAGAACAAAAGGUUGUAUGAUAGUAAAAAGUACAAAGAAAAAUCUCUCAGAACUUGAAAAUGGUCUUUUUGAUGGAGAAAACAGAGUGAUCGAAUAAACAGUGACAAUGGUUUCAAUUUUAAUGGUUUCGUGAGAAAGGUUAGAUGUAACUAUUUGAUGAUGUGACCAAUCAACUGCAAGCCCUUCGGCGCCACAAGCGCUAAAACUGAGGAGCUACUGGCCCGAGCUACUGCUCAUUGGCGAUUUCAAUACCAGAGUUGGAUCUGAUCACCAAGCCUGGCCCUCUUGUCUAGGACAUCACGGCUCCGGAAAAAUGGACAAAAUGGACAAAGACUUUUGGAACUCUGCUCCUUGCGCAAUAUAACCUACACCUUCUUUGAAGGUAAGCCGCAACAUUAUGUUUUAUGGAAACCUCCUCGGUCCCACAGAUGGCAUCAGCUUGAUCUACUUAGCACCAGACCACGCAGUCUGCUCAACGUUCUCUCCACUCGCAGUUACCACAGCGUCGACUGCAAUACUGAUCACGUCCUGGUGUGCAACUCCACCGCACAAAGAAACCAGGCCAUCCCGGCAUAAACACUGCAAGCACUUCUGACUCAGCGUCAGCGCAAAUUCCAGGGUCAGGAUGCCACCUCCAGGUGGGACCUCUUGAGGGAGGCCAUCCACUCUUCGGCCAUGUCGGCUCUCGGCGGAAUGGACAGGCCUAGUCACAGCUGGUUCGACGCCAGCCUACCGAUCAUGGAGCCCCUCAUUGAGCCAAACAACAAACCCACUUGAAAUACACAAAGAACCCAUGUGAGAAAAUGCUGACAGCACUCCCCGCUGCACGCAGUUUAACUCAGAGCCUGCCAGACGUUGUGCCAAUGAUUAUUGGCUUAAACUUUGCAACGACAUACAGCUAACCACAGUCUUGGGCAAUAUCAGAGGCAUGUAACAUGGCAUCAAGAAAGCUUUGGGUCCAUUACAGACCCCAAAGAGCAAAUGGACAAAUGGGUGGAACACUACUCUGAGCUCUCUCUCUGCGUGAGACAGUUGUUAACUACGCUGCUCUCAACUGAAUCACCUUUCUCCCAGUCAUGGACGAGCUUGAUGAUGAGCCGACAAUUAAAGAGUUUGUACUGGUAUACCCUCAAAUAAAAGCCGAAAACUGAACACAUCUCAAUAAUGAACAGAGCGGUAAUAAUACCUUGAUGACAAGAGACCAUAUUCUAUUGCGGUGGGGUUUAAUUUUUUUUCCAUCUAUCCCCGUGUUUAAUUGUUUUGACUUGUCGCAAAACCUUCCCCUUAUUUCCUGGGUUUGUCUGCAAAAGAUUUAGGUUCAUAACCGCUAAAAUUUAUUGUACCAACAAUAAAAAUUCCUGGUUGAACUCUUCCCUUUAAACACUAAGUCUAAGGCUUAGCAAGUUAACCAACCAUCGACAUUAGGGAGUUUAAGAUACCACGACGGCGACGGCGACGGCGACGGCCACGAAAACGUCGCUUGAAAAGUGAAUUCGCGUUCUUACAAUCUCUAUCGCGAUUAGUCCAACUCAUUUACUUUGUCAAAUGCAAGCGAACUCUUUGUGAGCCGAAUUCCUAAGAACCAUAUUCAAGUUCAGAAAGAGAAAGAAAAUUUAGCCGUCGCUUGUUUACGUCCUCCACAAAACGGUGAAAUUAGGAACUUUCCCGUCGUAGUCAUGCAGUGACGGCAAAGAAAUGUGCAAAAAAGCGUGAUGCACGUGCACAGUUGUUGUUUUCCUAAUUCAAACUAUUACUUUUUUGAAGUUUUCGUUGUCGUCGCCGUCGUGGCAUCUUAAAGUCCAUAUUAACACGAAGCAUCACAGCAGAUGGCUAUUUUGAAAGGAAGCUAACAUACGGUCGAGGGAAUAAUUAUUGUGGAUAGUUUUUGGACGAAAAGUUCAUGUAAAUUUACUGGUAAGUUAAACCAUGGCUGAACAGUGCUGCACUCAAGCGUUGAAUUUUUUGUGAAAAAUUACUCGCUACAGGAGAACUUCCCUCCUUGCUCCUUUGUUUAACCACAUUCUCCUUCCAAAAAGCAAUGACAAGGUAGUCGGAUGGCUUAAAAUUUUAAUCAAAGAAAGACUAUCGUCAACUCGUGGGUACGUUGUUUAGAAAAUAAUCAAUUAGUUAUCACCUCUGGUUUUCCCACAGUAAAUUUUAGGAAAUGAUAGAAAUUCAAAUAAUGAAUAUACUAUCCUUGUUCUGGAAACACAAUACUUUUCUUGCUGUUUAUUGCACUUUAUUUACAGUUAUUUAGGCAUAUAUUUAAAAACCAAGAAAAAAAAAACAGCAAAACAAAUAAGCAAACAAAACAAAACAAAAAAGAAAAAAAAAAAAAAGGAAGAUGGAAAAAAGGAGAUCCUUAGCAGAAUUUGAACUCAGUACCUUCGGGUUGACCCGACAUCACGUAGCCACUACCCCAUUGAGGAUGGUCACGUAAUGUGGUGAAAAGUCUGAAAUUUAAUGCCUUUUCCAUGGAACUUCCGCUUGCAAACGAUCGAGCCAUACUUAACCAACUGAAAAAAAGACUCGAAGCAAUCGGAUGAAAUUAAGGCUAAUUGAAACCAAGCUACUGACAGUAAAAAACAAUGUAAACGCAUUUCAUGGCAAUUCAAAGCAAUGAAAGAACAUAUGCGAUACAAAGCCGACACAACUCCUUCGCGAAGUAGGACGCCAAACAUAAGCUUAUGUUUUCUUAUCUCGAUUUCCGCUGUCAUUUUAAAGCUAAUGCCUCAAAAUCACAUCCAUUUCCCCCCGUGAUCUUGGGGAGUCCUUAAGAAGAAAAAGAAGAGGUGCCUUUAUUUACCAUACAUUCAUUCAUACACAUAACCUACCACAUUACUACAAGGUAGGAGAUCAAGCCAGCGUCGAAGUUAAAGGAGUCGAAGAGCAAAUGCUCAUCUUCUCGUCAAGUUUAACGCCUGGACGAGUCAAAGGCUCUUGAAUCGUACUAAUCUGAAAGUUUCUUGCGUGUCUUAACUAUCCUCCAACCGUGCUGUAGAGCACGAUGCACGUUCUCAGCGAGGAAUUUGAUGCCACCGAACUUAACCGGGCGCGUGCUUCUUUGGAAACGAUAGAUCUUUGCGCUCUCGACUUCGGACCCGAUUAAUUACGAAGUGCGUCUACUACGAGUGAGUGAGUGACUCAUUUGCAUAUCCUUGUCCCUGCAAUAACUCGUGGUACGCUCGCGCGUACCCACGAGUUCAAAAGGAAUAGAACUUAAAACAUCCAUCACUACUUUAUUAUGUUUCAAAGGCUGGCUGGUCCGUUAAAUUGAGAGAAAAAACUCGCCGUUUCAACUUUUAGAAUGAUUUAACCUUCUAUUGUUAAACCAGCCGUUUUAGAUUAAACAAGCACAUCUUUCCCAGCUUGAAACUACUCGCAUCUCAGUUAUAAACAAAGAGGUAAUUGGAACUUGGUGGAAACGAACCAUGUAUUGCACAGUUUAAACGUUGUGUUUUCAUUAAGUAUGUCAAUAAACGACCAUACGACCCUGUACUCUACAAACAAUACACACUGCGCUUGAGGCAUAUUAAACCGUUUACAUUAACAUCCACCGUCAAACUAGUCGGGUAUUUUAAAAAACGAACAAAGGAGGGGUAAUUAAGGUAAAAUGCUUGAAAAACAACCGGCAAGAUAAAAAAUGGCUGAACAGUACUGCAAUCAAACGUUGGAGGGUUUUCUUCAACUUGCCCGUUACAGAGAAACUUUUUUCUUUUCUCUCUGUGUUUCACACUUCGCGUUUUCUCUCGUGACAAGUCUCGGAAAUCUUUUACUAAUUCGCGCCUUAUUGAAAGCUUCAUCAAUAACAGCCAACGAGAAGAGGCUGUUCCUUAGUCUGGCUUUCUCUGAUCUUGGGGUGGGAUUGGUGUCGCAGCUAAUGGCCGGCAUUAUUUAUGCCGCGAUACUGAAGACAGCAUCAAAAGAAGAUUACAACUUAACGUCACUCUGUCCAACAGUUUUAAUUUUGGACUCUUAUCUGUUCUUUUUUCUCUGCGCUGCAUCUUUCCUAACUCUCUCGACCAUUGCACUCGACAGACUUCUCGCCGUUUCGCUCCAUCUGCGAUAUCAAGAGCUUGUCACGUCCAAACGUGUCACUAUAGUAUUGAUAUCUAUAUGGUUAACAAGUUCUAUCACUGCCUUGAUGUACAUUUUCCUUCCGAAAAGCAAUGAAAUGGUAGCUGCAGUUAUUUUACUGGUAGGGUAUGUUCUGACAACAGUGGCAUAUGUUCGUAUUUACAAAAUCGUCAAAUAUCACCAGAAUCAGAUAUACAGUCAAAAUCAGCUUCAAAAUGCACAAACAAGGGAGGCACUCAGACAAAGGAAGUCCGCUUAUAAUACUCUUUUUGUCUAUUUUGUUUUUCUAGUUUGUUAUCUUCCUUAUUUGCCUUCUAUAAUAUUGUACUUGACUGACACUUCUGAAACUUCGUUUCUCAUAGCCAAAUCUGCGUCGCCAUUCUUAAUUUACCUGAAUUCAUCAUUUAAUCCAAUUGUUUAUUGCUGGCGAUACCGAGAGAUUCGCCAAAUUGUAAAAAGCACAAUGAAG